ACCAUUCGCUAAAUGGAAGCUAAACGGUCUGAUGAGUGGUGGUGCUAACUGGUGAUUUAUCGACGGCGAGAACGACAAGCGAUUCCGAUAACUUCCGGUAAAUCACCUCCUUCUUAUUCACUCUCCUUCAAUUUCUAGGUUUAAGCUUUGUUUUAGAUCCUACCAUUUCUCGAUUCUUAGCUCACAAACACUCAAAGUCUAUUCAGAGUUGAAAUGGGUUUACUGUUUCGAAAAAUGCUUUCUCAGUUCAUCGGGCGCUUCCGAUUUUAAUUUUGGGUUGCCGAACAGAACUCGGGCUUCCACCGAAUCUUCAAAGGAAAAAACUCAUCAGCAGAAAUUUCUAGGGUCGGAAAACCCCAAAUUUGGUAGAGUGUUACAUAAUCUUGGGUCCUUGAGUGAUAUGGCUAAUAUCAGUGACUUGUCUGAUGAAUUACUGGUGAAGAUAUUAUCGUUUCUUCCUACAAAAGUUGCAGUAUCAACUACCGUUUUGUCUAAACAAUGGGAGUUUCUUUGGAUGUGGUUGCCUAAACUCGAGUUCUACUUUAGAUAUCGUUCAGAGUCUAGUGCAUGGCUGACGGAUUUUAUUGACAAGAAUCUGCCAUUACACAAAGCUCAUAUCAUAGAAAGCCUACGCCUUCACUCACUUUAUGGAAAACUUCACCCUGAGGAUUUGAAACCGUGGGUUGGAAUUGCAGUUUCUCGUUGUGUGCGUGAGCUAAGUAUCCAUUUAUCUCCUGCUAUGAAACCUGCUGUAUCAAUGCCCAGUAGUUUGUAUUCCUGCAACUCACUGGUGACUUUGAAACUUGACGGCCAGAUGAUUCUUGUGGAUGUUCCUCGAAUGGUUUGUCUCCCUUCCUUGAAAACUUUGCAACUUGGAUGUGUGACAUACUCGAACGACGAUUCUCUUCGACUGCUUCUAUCCUAUUGCCCUGUUCUCGAAGAUCUUUUUAUUGACCGAGAAGGCUAUGACAAUGUGAGAAAGUUGGUUAUCAUUGUCCCAUCCUUGCAGCGUUUAACUUUAAUUAUAGACCAAGAUUGUUCUUCUGAUGGGUAUGUGAUGGUUACCCCUUCUUUGAAGUAUUUCAAAGUUGAUGAUUAUAGAAGUGAAAGCUCCUGUUUGAUUGAGCAUAUGCCAGAGCUGGAAAAGGCAAAUAUCAGUCUAAUGUUAGAUAUUGAAAAACAUACUGAAAGGCUUCUCAAAUCAAUCACAACUGUCAAACGUCUUACAUUGCGCAUGACAUUCAACAGUGGAGAAGAGACUGUGUAUCCCGAUGGUAUUGUCUUCAGCCAGCUUGAAAAUUUGAAGGUAUAUAUAUGCAGCGAAAAUUGGUCAAAGUUACUUGUCCACUUGCUCAAAGAUUCUCCUCAACUUCGAAUCCUCGAUCUCGAGGUCGAUAAUUUCAGUGAAAUUUAUGGGGAGUAUGAACAGGUUAGCUGGAGCAAAAAUCAGGGCUCCGUUCCUAAAAAUUUCUUGAAUUGUCUUGAAAGUGGACUUACCAAAAGGAUCUCAGGUUCAUCCAGUUUUCCAUGUGUCACAACUCAAGGUGUUAGUAGGUAAUGUUCACACUUCCACACAGUUACCUUCAGUCUUAUUGGAUGUGUUUGAAAGAGAGCCUGAAGCUGUUUUGGAGAGAAGGAUGGUGAAGAGACAGGACAAGGCAGUGACUCAGGUUCUGAUCAAAUGGGUGAAUGAGCCAAUGGAAGAGGCAACCUGGGAGUAUCUGUUUGACAUUAAGAAGAAGUAUCCUGAAUUUGAACAUUGAGGUCAAUGUUCUUCAAAGGGGGAAGAUUUGUUGCAGGUAUUCUAGAAGGAAGAAAAUAACGCACGUGGGAAGUCGCACGUGUGAGUCAAGAGUCAAGUGGCAAAAGGAAUCUCGAAGGUAGCCACGUGGGAGUCAAUAAUCGGUCAUCUUCGAAUUCAUGCCGUUAGCAUAAAAAGAGCGUGUGUGCUCAAGUUUUUAUUAUGCAUUUUGUCUAAGAACAUUUCUAUUCUCUCUCUCUAGAAUCUUCUUGGAUUUCUCUGGGUUUCUCUCAUCUUGAGAGCCAGAUUGAUAAUCAGAUCCGCGUUUUAUGAACGUUGUUUUGAUUCACGGUGUUAUUUGCUCUAUUCGUGUGUUAUUUUUACUCUGUUUGUGUGUGGAAUCGAUACGGUGAAGUUA